AUGGGUGCAGCUACAAGUGAAGGAGAGAGAGAUGUGCUCAAAUCCCUGGUGUUCAAGGAAUCGGCAGCCCUCGAGUCCUUAAAGAUCGGCGGCUACGACUUCAACGAUGGACUCGACCUUGCCGGCCUCCUGAACUCCAUGGUCUCAACAGGUUUCCAGGCCACAAACCUGGGGGAAGCCAUGGAGGUCGUUAACCAAAUGAUAAACUGGAGGCUUUCGCAUGAAGAGCCAGCAGAAGAUGGGAGUGAAGAGAGAGAUCAGGCUGUUAGGGAGUCUGUGAAGUGCAAGAUAUUUCUUGGCUUCACAUCUAAUCUCAUUUCUUCGGGAAUUAGGGAGACUAUAAGGUUCUUGGUGCAGCAUCGCAUGGUAGAUGUGUUGGUCACAACAGCUGGUGGCAUUGAGGAGGAUUUCAUUAAAUGUCUGGCUCCUACUUUCAAAGGGGAUUUCUCUCUAGCUGGAACUUAUCUGCGUUCAAAAGGGUGGAAUAGGAUUGGGAACUUAUUGGUGCCAAAUGAAAACUACUGCAAAUUUGGGGAUUGGAUUAUGCCAAUACUCGACCAAAUGCUUAAAGAGCAAAACACUGAGAAAAUGCAUUGGACACCUUCAAAGGUGAUUGCUCGCUUGGGAAAAGAGAUAAACAAUGAAAGUUCAUAUUUGUAUUGGGCGUCUAAGAAUGGCAUACCGGUGUUCUGCCCUGCACUCACUGAUGGUUCCAUAGGGGACAUGCUUUACCUCCAUUCAUUGCGCAAUCCUGGCCUUAUUAUAGAUCUGGUUCAAGAUGUGAGAGCAAUGGACGAGGAAGCAGUAAAUGCAAGCCCAAGGAAGACUGGUGUCAUAAUACUCGGAGGAGGGGUUCCAAAGCAUCAUAUCUGUAACGCUAACAUGCUACGAAACGGUACAGAUUAUGCUGUGUUCAUCAAUACAGCUCAGGAAUUCGACGGUAGUGAUUCUGGAGCCCGGCCAGAUGAAGCUGUGUCAUGGGGAAAGAUCAAAGGCUCCGCCAAAACUGCUAAGGUUCACUGUGACGCAACAAUUGCUUUUCCACUGCUGGUAGCUGGAACAUUUGCAAGGAAACUGAAUAAAGCAGCUCAGGCCAAUGGAAUCAAAGCUUGAAGAAGCUCAUUUCAUGGUUUGAAGCUGAGGUAUCUCAAUAGCCAUGGAACUGCAAGUAGUGAUCUACUGGAAGUUCAGGUACUGCUAGUAUCCAGGAUAAGGCUGACAAUAAAUUAGGUAUCUUUGGUUGAGUUGCAGAUUGUACUGUAAUGGAAUAUUUUCUUAAUUAAAAAACUGAAGAACUGAUCAUUAUGCUCAUAUGUUUUAAUUCAUUUAACUGAAUUUUGG